CGGAUUUUCCUGACACGUCACUACGUACGUCAGCACCGGAUGGCCAGUAAAACAGUCAGUCACAAGCGAAGUUAUAGCAUUUGGGUAUACAGGAGAGAUCGGCUGCAACACAUUUUUCUACUUCCUUCCCAUUCAACAGUUGAUUCAUCUACCCUGAAUACUACGAUAAACAAAAUCACUUUAUGUUGCCGACUUACGAGUAGUAAUCUUUUUUUUAUUUUAUAACAGAGAUUAAAUAUUUCAUACCAAAUGGAUACCUUCAUGAGUUUAUUCCAAGUUAAAUUUCAAACAAACGAUGUACUUGUCGUAUCCGCGACUAUAAAUUUAUGCGCGGUUUUACUUUUUUUCCUCUUAAAAUGUUUGACCCUUUGUCGGAAUACAAACGAAGAGACAUGUGAUAAUGAAACCCCGACGGUACGAAUGCUCCAGUUGGCCAUACUAAUAACUGAACAAAUUCUAAUAUGGGUUGGAGUGAUUCUAGCAAUCUGGUGCUUGAUUGAAACGGAUGUUUUACGGUACCCACUGUUUUUUCCUGAAGGAGCACACAUAUCCAAAGUUCUUAAAAUGACGUACAAUUUCAGCAUAGGCAAAUAUUUCUAUCUUUGCUUUGUACGGAUUUUUUCUAUGAAAGACAGAUAUCCAGCAGUACUUAUUCACCAUUUCGUCGCACUCAGCACUUACAUUGUGAUCAACGGAUUUGAACAAAACAUGUUUGCCGGUUUGCUUGGUCCCUUUAUGGAAACAACUUCGUCGCCGGUUAUACUUUUAAAAAUUGCAAAUAAACUUAAGCGUUCAGAAACGAAGCCAAAAUCAAGCUUCAAAUUGCAUUUCAUAGAGUUGGUCGCCAUGAUUUUUCUUCGAGGAGUCUGUCCAAUUGUUAGUUUCAUUUAUAUUUAUAACAAACAGCACAUCUUUGCUAUGGAAAGUAUUCCUCUUGCGUUCUUCUUUUUGUCAAUCGUUUUCUUCGGAAUUAUCAAUACGUGGCUUAUUUUCAGAUUGGCUUUCAAUUUACGCUUUGUAUGGCAGCUGAAUAAAUCACAAAGCAGACCACCAGUUUUACCCAACGAUAAACAUUCUUUCUACUUGAAUAUCCUUUCAUAUUUACACGUAAAAUGCGACAAAAAUAAGCACGCAAAAUGCAUGAAAUCUCCAAACCCUAAAUCUAUUUUGAAGAACAAUUCAGCAUCUGCUGUUCCAAAAGUAUCUGGUGAAAAAAGUAAUAAAGCUAUUCAAUUUCACCAUAAUGAUUUUAGUACGUUUACAGAUACUAACAAAGUUGCAAAUACGGGCAUCAGUGAAAAUAAAGAACUGUGUCAUCUAAAUGCAUACAAGACUGAACAGUUUAACAAAGAAACAGUUUAAACUCUCACAACUAAAAUACCGGUAGUCUUUGACAACCGAAAUAAAAGCUUCAGUGCCAUACCAUUUAAAUCAUUUGUAAAUUUCAUAUACGUUGUUCAAAAUACAGAAAUUGUUGGACUAUGUUAA